AUGGCUACUGAACUCGAAACACCCAUAUCCCGCCGCUUGGCGUCUGUCAAGAACGUCGUGAUCGUUCUUUCUGGGAAAGGCGGAGUAGGCAAAUCCUCCUCAUCGGUCCAGCUAGCGCUCUCCCUUCUCGCCACAUCACCAACAGCUCGGGUCGGUCUACUCGAUCUGGACCUUACUGGGCCAUCUUUACCGCGCAUGGUCGGACUGGACGACCCGUCCGCUACCGUGCAUCAGUCCUCGGCUGGCUGGGUCCCGGUAUAUGUGGAUCAGGGACGGAGACUAGGCGUGAUGAGCAUAGGCUUCUUAUUGAAGGAUAGAGGGGACUCGGUGGUCUGGCGGGGGCCGAAGAAGGACGGGAUGAUCCGGCAGUUCCUGAGCGAGGUGCGUUGGGGCGAGCUAGACUACUUGGUCAUUGACACGCCUCCAGGAACAUCCGACGAACAUAUCUCCCUCCUUACCCACCUCCACCCCCUGUUCACUCCCACUCCUUCCCGCCCCACAACGCCCUCCGCCGUCCUCAUCACCACCCCCCAAACGACCGCUCUGAACGACACCAUGAAAUCCCUCUCCUUCACCCGGAAACUCGGACUACCCGUCAUCGGUCUCGUCGAGAACAUGGCGGGGUACGCCUGCCCCUGCUGUGGCGAAAUCAGCGAUACAUUUGGUCGGGGUGGCGGGGAGGAUAUGGCGAAGCGGAAUGGGCUGGGCUUUUUGGGGAGAGUGCCCAUCGAUACGGUGUUGGUGGGGCUUCUGGAUGCGGCGAGUAAGGGGGAAAUACCGGCUGCGGGGAUAUCGGGCGAGGUGGGCAAGGAGGAAGUACCGGCCGAGAAGGAGGCGGAAGCGCCAACGGAAUUCCCUCUGCUCGAUCGGUAUCUCGCUACCACAUCCUCGAGGGUUUGGAAAGAUAUCGCUAUCGGCGUAGUCAAGGGGAUCGACGCGAGGAGGGACGACAUCAAGGUCAAGCUCGACCAAUUAUCGAUAACCCCAUCUUCGGCUUAG